ACGACAUGGGUAGCAAGGCUAAAGUGUUCCUUGUACCCUUUUGCAGGGCUUCAAUUUCCCUUCAUUUGUCGGGGUCAGUAAUUAAUCUGGCCAUGAUUAAUCUGGCCAUGAUUAAUCUGUAGCGGGGGUCCUGUUGGGUUGGCCUGUCUUUUCUUCUCUGAUCCUCGCUGCCUCGACACACUUUCUCUUCGAUAUCGUCUUUUGUGUGGCAGUUCUUCCGUAACGCAUUGCGUUGUCCGGUCAUUUCCAUUCACGGCUCAUCAUAGUACACGAUGCCAAUCCUCGGACGAUCCAGAUCUUUGAGACUCCGGGAGUCGCAGAAGGACGCUCGGUGUGGAAAUGACGUGUCACAAUCCGCUGUCACCGGAGCCGAGGCAGCAUCACGCAAUGAACUAUACAUUCUUAGGCCGACGGCAUCGCAAGAUGCCACGGCUAGUGUUCCCCAACGUGCUGGUCUCAGGAAGUCGAGAUCUCUGAGAACCGUCCGGCGAUCGGAUGAGCCUCGAACUGCGAAUCCGGAGAAGCCUUCAGCCGACUCGAUACCUGUCUCGACGAGUGUGUACUAUACUGCGGAGGUAUACGACGAUCCCACAAUAGGUAUGGCGCUGGGGAGCCCAUCCCAAGCAGUCGCUUGGAAUCGUCCUGAAUCGUCCUGCGACUCGAGAACUGCAAGCCCAGCCCCAUCAUCAACCAACACCAGCGAUCACGGCGAUAAAAAGCCAGAUCAGAAGCUCAGUCGCUGGAGAUCAAUUUUCGGAAAGAAACAGGCUGGGACUCUGCCAAGCAAGCCUUUCUACCAGGUGCAGAUACAACGUGUGCCGACGCCGUUGGACUAUCGCACAUAUCCGGACCAACCGCGACACGUAUUGGUACCGAAGCAGGGGUCACCGCUGGUGUCAGAGGAGGAUAGGAAGAGGCCGAGUCCACGGAGGAGAGGAGAGAGUGAGCCUACCAAGAGCAGGACGGUAAAACCAUCGCAGUCCAUGAAGAAACAGAAAUCAUCAUCAGAUCGUUAUAACGAAGAGCCGAAUCCGGCGCCACCACCAAAGGGUAAUGGUUCACGAAUUCCGGCCGUCACUAUCGAUGCUCCGGACGCGACAUCUAUCCCGGUCUCGACAUCGAUAAAGCCGAAGUCCUCGGGGUUGAUGCUGGACAUCGAUAUACCCGAGUCGCAGAUGGAACGGUACAGUGUUAUGUUUGGGCACUUGCUGAGACCGGACGAGUCUUCUUCGCUCCUCUCAAGGCGGCAAAAUAGUAAUGGCCAUACAUCGAGACCACUCGAUGAGUUCACAGUCAAUACUCAAUCAGCCAACCGGACUCACCUGAAGCCAUUGCGCCGUGCAAGUUCUCCAUCAUACAAUUCACCCUCUUUUGCAGUUUCCUUAUUUCCACCACCUGAUACUCGAGCUUCACGAGCUCCGUCACCAAUCCCACAGGACACCGAGAUACGUCGUCCACUACUCCGCUCGCAAACAGAACCUGUCCAAUCACCAGCUCGGGCAUUUUUCUCAUCUCUGAAGCCAGAUAGGUUCAAUAAAACCACCACUUCGCCUAGUUCUGGCUCGCCUCAGUACCCUGCUAUCAACGAAACUCCUCUCUCCCAAGAAGCGUCUGCAAUCGACGAUGCCGCCAAUUCACGCCACAUUACUUGCUUGACCGAGGAACCAUCCGAAGAGUUGUCACAAGGUAUUGUCAAACAAGACCAUGUGACUACCACACACGCAUCUCCAGCUCUUAUAUCAUCUCCUCCAACUUUGUCCCCUCCAAAAGGACAGACCAGCAAGCGCUCUCCGCUUCCGCCCCGCAAAUCGUCCAGGCCCACUUCUCCGCCAACCGCAGAAGCACUUUGCCGUCUACCGAAGACGCUAGAGCCCAGUCGUAUGAGGAAUGGCACGGUACAGGUUGGCAUUGCGCGGAGCGUGAGCCUGACGAGGUCCAGAGGCCCCACUGGGAGCAGAAAGGAUAGCAUGGGACUGUGCGCAGACAAAGACGGACUGGAGAGAUUCGGCGAGCGCAAGGCUAUGGUGCCGACUGUAGUGCAGCUGGGAGAAGUUCCCGAGCACAGGAAAAGCCAGCGGGUGCAGAUCGAAAGUGCUUGAGUGGACUAACCAGGCAGGUCCUGUGAUGAGCACGUAUGUUUCCUUUGUCCGCUACAUUCGUUCGGCUCGCAUAGUAAGGCGCUUCUUCUAUUCUGUUUCAUCUGAAAACGCGGACAUAUGGCAUCAGCAUGGUUUCUGCAAGCGUUAUUGCAAGCGAGCGAGCGCGUUUCUCCGCAAUCAGCAUAUUUCUGUUUUGCUGUCUGUUCACUGCACUGAUGAAUUAUGCCGAGUCGCGCGUUGGACAUCAUACACAGUUAGACCGCA